AGCGAACAAUUUCUUAAAGAAUAUAUCGCCGAUAAACGUUCUCAUGUUGUGCUUGCCACAAAAUAUACUAUGAAUUCCACCGCUAUGCUGCCAAAUGUCAGGCUUAAUCCGAAUGGAGGUGGAAACCACCGCAAAUCUCUUGCUGAAAAUCUCAAUGAAAGUCUUAAACGACUGGGCACUGGAUAUAUUGAUCUUAUGUAUAUUCAUACUUGGGAAUAUCGUACUCCUAUUGAAGAGGUAAUGCGUUCUUUAGAUGAUGCUGUUAGAAGCGGCAAGGUACACUAUAUAGGAAUUAGUAAUACACCAGCAUGGGUAAUUAGUCGUGCAAAUACGAUGGCUGAGUUACGUGGUUGGAGUCAAUUUAUUGGAUUGCAAACACGAUAUAAUUUAUUAAAUCGAUAUUUGGAAUUUGAUUUACAAUCUGCUUGUGCUGAACUUGAUAUUGGUAUUAUUCCUUGGGGAAGUAUUGCUGAAGGAUUCUUGACUGGAAAAUACACCAGGGAAUCAGUUGCCAAUCUAGAAAAUAGUAGUGAUAUGGACAAAUUGCGACGUAAACAAAUUAUUGGCAUUUCAAAAAAUGAACAAAAUUGGAAUAUCCUUGAUGAAGUUAUAGCUAUUGCUGCUGAAACCAAGAGAAGUCCUGUUCAGGUCGCUUUGAACUGGAUCUCACAAAAACCUGGCAUUACUUCUCCUCUUAUUGGUGCUAGAACAAAAACCCAAUUAAUUGAAAAUCUUAAAGCUCUUGAAUUCAAAUUAACUUCUGAACAAAUGGCAAGGUUAGAUGCUGUUUCAGCACCAAAAGAAGUACCAUUUCCGUAUUCUAUAUCUAAUAAUCUUCUUAAGCUUGUUGGUAACGGAACUCAAAUGCCUGACAAGUAUAAACCCGUGUUAAAAACGGGAGG